GAAGGUAGCGAACAGGAUGCAUGAUAAAAGGAUAAAACACACUGUGUCCCAAAAGCUUCCGCAUCCUUUCUGAAAGUUCACUGAAGCUUGUGAAGAUGAAAGCAGGAAUGACAUGGUGGAGACGACUUUAUUUUCCAGCACGGUUGUUAGAAAUAACCCCAUGACGACUGGAUUUUUUUUAUAUAUAUAUAUAUAUACACACACACAAGAUGCUUGGAUGAAUCAAUUUCAUCAGUGAACAUUUACGAAUUGGCUGUCCAUCUUUCAAAAAUAAUAAUUUUUACCCAUUCUCGUCUGCGUACAGUGCUUGAGAAAUGUAGUCAUUUCAAGGCUUUUCUAAAAAAAAAAAUGUAAUUCUGUUUAAUUUCACUGAAUAAUUCCAUAUAAGUGUGAAAUGUGAACAAAAAAGUAUUUCAAAGCUUGAAUUUAUUCAAAUUCAGAUGUAGUCUCUGAAUAUUUAUAAGAUUUAUGGUUUUAACGGUUUAUUUCUAUGUGCCAAAACCUGUGUCACACCAAGUUAUAAAUGCCAGAACAUUUGUAUAACUACUUGUCAGAGAGCAUGGGAACAAGGAAAGGAAGCCACAAAGCCGAAGUGGGACACAGCCGCAGUGUGGAUUUCAGCAUGGGACACUGAGCCAAAUUGAUAAGAAUGAGGAAGACGAACCAUCCACCGCAGCUAACCCAGUGUUAGAAAUGGAGUUAACCGAAGAGAAGCUGCCAAUGACUCUGUCACGACAGGAGGUUAUUCGACGGCUUCGAGAACGAGGGGAACCAAUCCGAUUGUUUGGAGAGUCUGAUUAUGAUGCCUUCCAGAGACUCAGGAAAAUUGAGAUUCUGACACCAGAAGUAAACAAGGGUCUGAGGAACGACCUGAAAGCAGCCAUGGACAAAAUCGACCAGCAGUACCUGAAUGAGAUAGUUGGAGGAACAGAGCCGGGGGAAGUGGACACACAGCAUGACCUGAAAGUGCACGAAGAAAACACCACCAUAGAAGAACUUGAGGCUCUUGGAGAAAAGUUGGGUACAGGGGACGACGAUGGAGACCAGGACAUUAUCCACAAAUUUUUGAGGUUUCUCCUUGGCGUUUGGGCCAAGGAUCUGAACAGCAGAGAGGACCACGUGAAGCGCAGUGUUCAGGGAAAGCUGGCCAGUGCAACGCAUUCACAGACCGAGUCUUACCUCAAGCCUCUCUUUAGGAAGCUCAGGAAGAAGAGUUUACCGGCUGACAUCAAAGAGUCGAUCACAGACAUCAUUAAGUUCAUGUUGGAGAGGGAAUAUGUCAAGGCGAAUGAUGCUUAUCUACAGAUGGCCAUUGGUAACGCUCCCUGGCCUAUUGGUGUGACUAUGGUCGGUAUCCACGCCCGUACCGGACGAGAGAAAAUCUUCUCCAAACACGUGGCCCACGUCCUCAAUGACGAGACCCAGAGAAAAUACAUUCAGGGACUGAAGAGACUAAUGACCAUCUGCCAGAAACACUUCACAACUGUCCCAUCAAAGUGUGUGGAGUACAAUGCUCUUUAAUCUUGUAAAAUUUGAUUUUACCUGCAGCUCAAUUAUGUUUUCUGUAAUUGUGGUUGUGGCAGAACAUUUUCUGGAUCUUCUAAACUAAGGGCCUUAGAUUCCAUGUGAUUUCUUAAGGGAUUAGUUCAAGAAAAUGCAUAAUUGAACCGGGUAGGGUGAGUAAGCCCUGUGUGAAUAGCCGAAGUGAUGCCAACUCAUAAGUUUCAUACAAGUGUCUCAGAUUUAACUGGGGAGCGCUCGGUAACUAUCAAGUCUCACCAGGGUUCUGCUGGGAAAAGCUGUCAUGCUAUUAAUAGUCACCAGUCUUCAGGUGAUCUGAGCGUCUAUGGAUGCUCCAAGCUGCAGGACAUAUUAAAGAUUGAGGAGUUUUGCUUUCUAUAAAAAGAUAUUCCUUUAAUAUUGGCUUACAUAACUUUUUCAGAGAGCUUUUUAAUGGUGUAGCAAGGAGAAUGCAAUUUGGCAAGGAAAGAGGGAGACGUGUAAGUUUUAUUACACAGGAGAUGUCACAUAUUAUUGACAUACUAAAACCCAUGCAGACUGAUUUUGAACUGCAUGUUUUCAGUAGAUAAUGAACCCAAUCAAUCAGUCAGCGCACCAGCUGGACUAGGAAAUGGUUUGUAGUUUUGUUUUACCAGCUGUCAGGAUUCUUUGUUGUUUUUUUUAUUGUGAAACAUAAACGUCCUGUUUCAAGACCAGUUUUGAUCUGUAGUUUGGAUUUAUUUCCUGCUUAACAGCUGGACUGCUAAAUGCGUUUAUUUUUGGUCACUUUUAGUUUGUUGCUUCAAUGUUGUGUGUGCAUAUAACAAGCUUCUCUAAUAAAGGAAACAGCACCAUA